AAUGCACCACCAAUGCAAGUCUAAAAAAACAACACGAUUUUCCUUUUCUCCUUCUCUUUUCCCUCUGCAAAUCUGAAUCUAUUGUAGCAAUCAUCCAAGAUCUAGAUCCACCGAUCAAUGGCUACACCAGAUCACUUGUUCAACCUCCGUAACAACUUCUACCUCGGCGCAUACCAAGCCGCCAUCAACAGCAGCGAAGUUAACGGCCUCUCUCAAGACGACGUCGUCGAGCGCGACACUCUCGUCUACCGCUGUUACAUCGCACUCGGUCAGUUACAGUUCGUCAUCUCCGAAAUCAACGAUUCCGCUCCUACGCCUCUCCAGGCCGUUAAAUUGCUUGCUCUCUAUUUCUCAUCUCCCGAUUCCAAGGAAUCCGCGGUCUCUAGCAUCAAAGAAUGGCUCGCUGAUCCUGCAAUUGGAAACAACGCUACCUUGAGACUCGUUGCUGGAAUUGUCUUUUUGCAUGAACAGGAUUUCAAUGAGGCGCUGAAAUAUACUAAUGCUGGUGGAACCAUGGAACUGACUGCGUUGAAUGUGCAAAUCUUCAUUAAGAUGCAUAGGUCUGAUUAUGCUGAGAGACAGCUUAGGAUUAUGCAGCAGAUCGAUGAGGAUCAUACACUCACUCAACUUGCCAACGCAUGGCUUGAUUUGUCUGUGGGAGGGUCGAAGAUCCAGGAGGCACAUUUGAUCUUCCAAGAUUUGUCUGAGAGAUAUCAGUCUACUAGUUUGCUUUUGAAUGGCAAGGCUGUUUGUUGCAUGCAAAUGGGUAACUUUGAUGAAGCUGAGACUCUUUUGGUUGAAGCACUCAACAAGGAUGCUAGGGAUCCAGAAACACUGGCCAAUCUAGUUGUAUGCUGUCUUCACCUUGGCAAACCAUCUUCUAAAUCAUUCAGCCAGCUGAAACUUUCGCACCCAGAUCAUGUACUGGUGAAGAGGGUAUCAGCAGCUGAAGAAAGCUUUGAUAGAGCACUACAAUCUGUUUCAUGAGCUCAUGAUUCAAUAUCUUUCAUGAUUUGAAUGGUGUGUUGCCUUCCCAUGCAAUUUUUACACCAUAUCGUGGCUAUUGUAUUACUCCCCUAUCUUAGAACAUAAUGAGUUGGGUAAAUGUGAUAUAGGAUUCAAAUUUUAUGACAAUAUUGCUGUUAAUUAAGUCUUGAUGUUGCAAAAACUACAGCUUGUAUUAAUUUUAAUGCAUGUUCAUUUACACUA